UCUUUUAUUACAGAGUCAGGUUGGAACUAACUUAGUUAAAAAACAAAUUCGCUAUAAAUUACAGUUUUUCGUACUCUUCUAAUCAUCUUAAGUGUAGUAGACCUACAAAACAAAUGUCAUCUUGACAUUUAACUAUUCAUAGUUUAUUUUGUUUUGCUUUUAAGUUAAAGAAUGUGUGCUUGACGAAAAAUAUACAAACGUGUUUAGUUCCGAUUUUCAACCAAGAUGUGUAGCAUUGUGGAAGAUGAUUUCGGCGACGAGGGUGGAGCCCAUGUGAUGAAGGAAGAAUCCCCCGAAUCCGGUCCCGUUGCAGAUGAGCUGUGCCGGAAGUGCAAUGAAAACCAGGCCGUGCUGAAACUGAACCUAAAGGAGCCCCAAUGUCGCAGCUGCUUUCUGCACUUUGUUCGCCACAAAUUUCGAGCUUCACUCGGAUCAACUAAAAUUGUUCGUCGCGGCUCGAGAGUACUGGUGAUAUUCAAUGGAACACGCGAGAAUGUUGUUAUGCUUGACAUGAUCCGGCACGGACUACAGCAGGAAUCAUUUAAGAAACUUAGAAUUAUACCGGUAGUAUUGUUCGUGGACGAGGAUUUUAUCCGGCCCAAUCGAGAGAAGUACUUACAGUUGAUGGAGGAAAAACUAGCGGUGCUGAAACAAUUCGAUUUUGCUGCUCAUUUCACUGUUCUGGGAGGACAGAACAGUUGUCUCAUCACCGAAUCGGAUUUGGUGGAUCGAUUCCGCGAAGGGCAGUGUAGAUUUAAAACAAUUCUAGAUGGAUGUAAGAGUGUGACAUCGAAGCAAGAUUUUAUAAAUCAAGUCAGAAGGCGCACGUAUAUAAAUAUCGCUCAGGAAUUGGAUUGUAGCUACAUAUUUCUCUCUGAUAUCGGCCUGGACCUCGCUAAAACACUUUUAUCGAACGUAGCUCUUGGAAGGGGACGUGGUUUAUCGUUGGACAUAGCAUUCUGCGAUGAUAGAGACGGAAGAAGCAAAAUCAUCAGACCUAUAAGGGAUCUCAAUCCGGAUGAAAUUGAGAACUAUAUAAUAUUUGCAGAUAAUCAGCUGAGUUUUGUGGCCUGGGAAGAUCCGUUCGAGGGCAAGUCGAGCCUCCAGAAUCUAACGUCAAAGUUCGUCGAUGGAUUGCAGCAAACAUUUCCAUCGACAGUUUCAACUGUCUUUCGAACAGGCGAUAAAUUAGACGCGCAAAAGUUAUCCGAAACUGUGACUGAUUCAUGUCCCGAUCAAGAUAUGCUGACACUAUUUGAUAAAUCACUGAAGAUCAGCAUAUCAGAUACACAAGAAAUGCGCUGCAAAUUUUGUCACUCGGUGCUAGACUACCAAAAUUCAACAACGCUUUUUGCGAUUGAAUUUUCCCGGAUAGUGUCGUCUCGAAUAAAUAUCGAACAAAGUCACGAAGAGAAUGCUGAAAGUGCACAUAAAAUGAAACAAGAUGCCAGAAGUGCAGUAAAUGCGGAAUCGGGAGAAGAUGACAUGGAUCAACUCAAGAGGAAUCUGUGUCAUAGCUGUAGAAAUAUUUUUACGGAUUUUGAGUGAAAAAAGCGCGGCAUAGUCUACAAUACGAAUUGUAGCAAUAUUUUUUUACAACACCGAAAUAUAU